AUGUUUCGCCCUUUGGGGCUUUUGGACGCAAUUGUGUGUCCUGCGCACAGAGAAGGCGUGUGCGAGGACCAGCGCAUUGGAUGCCCCUACUCACACAACUUGUCGAAACUAGUCCCACCGUCUUCGGCCGUUCAACACGCGCCGCAGAAGCGCGAGCGGCCACCGACGCCGUCCACGACACAGCCUCCCAAGCGCUUCGCCGCACGACCAGUGAAAACUGGCCCAGUGAAAACCAAGGAAGCUGCUAAUGAUGACAAUAGUCUCAAGUGCCCUGUACUCACUAGCAACGCACACCCAUCUUCUACGCAGAUCUCGCUUGGGGCCCGACAAGCAGCCCUGCGUCACAUUUUCGGCGCGUUUCUCGAGUUUUACCAGCCGCUCCUGCGCGACUCCCGGCUGCGCACACUUGGAGAGGAGCUGUGUGUGCAAGAUGCAUUGGCGGUAGAGGCGCAGGUUUUCCAGCGCGCAAACCAGUACUCUUUUCGAGCGUCGGCAUUGAGCGCUGCCGUCGCGGUGAAGAAACGCAACGCAGCGCUGCUCCAGCAGGCUGCUGACAAUGCGGCAUGCGACGUGGAACGUGCGCGUGAAUGCAUGGAACAGUGCACCGAGACGGGCACAAACGCACGCGUUCUGGAGAAGCGCACCGAGGCUGCGGAGCGUGUAGCGACGCGACUCAGCAAAGAGCGCAUCGUCAAGGCUGGAUUCCUGUGCCCAAAAGGCGACCUUCCUGCUUUGGGUUACAUGAGUGAUAUACCUGCGUCGUUUGGUAUUGGUGGCACAUGUCCAGACGGUACUGGCGAGAAUCAUAUGUGCGCGCGAUGCUCAGUCGAUUUCCGCGUCGCGCCACUCACCACCGCACAAGCAAAAGAAGCAUGUCGAUUUCAUCCUGGCCGUGCUCGCCGCGAGCCUACAAGUGAAGGAAGCAGGCGCCGAGUGUUUCGGUACUCGUGUUGUGGCAGGACUGUUGAUGGGAAUGCAUUGGGUGACGACCGCUGCGCGACAGGCCCGCAUGUUUUCAAAGAAGAAGCUUUGGAUGCGCUGCAUAAUCGAGAGCCGUUUGUCACAACAAAAGAGCUUGCAGAGCAGGUAGGCAGUACAGGCGCCCUGGAUGUCGCAGCGCUCGACUGCGAGAUGAGUUACACGACACAGGGCCUGCGUGUGACGCGCAUCACACUGGUCGACGAGGCCGGCGAAGUCGUGUUUGACGAGAUGGUUCGGUGCUCCGCGCCGAUCGAAAUACUCGACUUGAAUACCCAAUUUUCCGGCAUUCACGCCGAAGAAUACGAAGCCAAAGCUGUGCUAUCGCUGCAAGAGGCUCGCAGCCUCUUGGCACAGUACAUCGGGCCGAAUACCAUUCUGAUUGGACAUGGUUUGGAGAAUGACUUGCGCGCAAUUCGACUCGUGCAUACCAACAUUGUCGAUACUGUCCAGUUAUUUCCUCACCCGCGUGGCCUGCCGUAUCGCAUGGCGCUCCGUGAUCUGGUGUCCAAGCACCUUGGCAAGAUUAUUCAAGCGGGCGGUGCACAAGUCGGGCACUCGUCUGCGGAAGAUGCACAGAUGACACUCGAGUUGGUCCGCUGGCGUUGGAAACACCACCGCAUGUCUAUUGUAUAG